CUAAUAAUUGCUUUGUAUGCCUUCUAAUAACACAAAAUAAAUUAACGUGUUUGAUUGAAAAACAACAGUUUAAAAAUGAGAUUAAACAGUUCUUCAAAGCAUAAGCAAAAUCUUGAGGGAUUGCUAAGAAUGGCUGUGGAAAAUUCUGGACAUGAAUUGGAAGCAAGUAAUAACUCUGUGGUUGCAGAUGCUGAGAAUAUGAUGUUCCUCCAGGAAGCACUUAAUUCAAUGACUACUGAUUUUGCACCAGCAUAUACAAAUGCAAUUAAAGAUUUGCAAAGCGAAUCAACCACUGUUGAUAAAAAAAAAGAUAGCUUAAAUAUAAUACGGGAAAACAUCGAUGAUAUUGAUCUUGCUAAUGGAUUUGUAAAAGUUGGAGGUGCCUUACUUCUUAUACAGCUUAUAAAAGAAACAACAGACAGUGAUUUGCGAUCAAAAUCCGCUUAUAUUAUUGCGGAAAUGUCUCAAAAUAAUGACUUUUGUCAAAAAUAUUUUAAUAAUGAAAAUAUAAUACCUUAUUUAAGUUCGACUAUUAAUGAUAAUAAUGAAAAUGUAUCUAGAAGCUCAAUCUUUGCUAUAUCAUCAUUGAUUCAAAAUUAUGAACCUGGACUAAAUUCAUUUUUGGAAGCAAAUGGAAUUGAAAUGUUAGUCUUGGGCUUAGACUCUAAACACAGCACAGUAUAUACAAAAGCUGCAUUUCUGAUUGGAUCAUUAUCAUCGCAAAAAAGUACUAUAAAGGAUCUUUUCAACAGAGUUAAUGCUGCUUCGUCGCUUAUUAAAAACUUGGAGGAUAAAAGCGAAUAUGACCAGAAGCUUUACGUCACCCUUUUUGCUCCUUUCCUCACUUUCUUUCCGAUUGUGAUUGGAGCUCUAUUUGGAAGAACCAAGCUGAAAAAAAAUCAAUUUUGAACAAUAUUGUCAACAAUAAAAUGCUGUUGGAAAGUUGUGAGGAAAUCGUGACUUUUGCUACAACUGUUUGGACGAAUACGAUCAAACAAAAUAAAGUUCCUGCUAUAUCCAAGUGUGCAUGAGGAUCAGUAUAGAACAUAUUGUAUAUAUAACCGAGCCACUUGAAAUAAUUUUCGUCUUGUGUACAGAAAUAAAAAAAAAUAGAAAUUCCAGAACCUAAA